AUGAUGUCGAAAUUAAGUGAACAAAGGUUAAAUGAACUUCUCGAUGACGAUGCGGAUUUGGAUGAAUACGGUGAAUGGACGGAAGAAGCCGCAGCUCGUGUAAAAGCUGAACGGCAAAACAAUGGGGAAGAAGAAUAUGGUCACGUCAAACUCCGUCAUCCUAUUGACAUGCAGACCUUGUGUUCGAGUAAAGGUCAAAUACUAGAAUUAGAUCAAACCGAACUCGAUCCAGCUGAAUUAGCUCGAGCUGCAACUCAGAUGGCAAUGGACGACGUUAAAGAAAACCAUCAAUGCGAUACUGAUCGUCAUAUUAACGAUGAAUUAAAAUCAACUAUACCACCGAGAGAUCUGUUUAGUCAUAGAUUGAUCGAUAACACUCAAGAUUUUGACGAUCAACUCGGCGGUAUGCUACAUUUGAUUAAAACCAAUGGCCACGAUGGCACACCGUUAGAUGGCAUACCUAGUAGUGAGGCAGUUGGAGGUAUUUGGAAACAGAUCAUCUAUGCUGGUGUCGGUGAAACACCACCGAUCGGGUCAACAGUUCGCAUACAUUACAAUGCAUAUUUUGAGUUGAACGACGAACCGUACGAUAGUACCUAUAUUCGACGUCGUCCAUGUGAAUUUCAAUUAGGAAAAUUCAAUGUUCUACCUGGUUUAGACCUUGCCGUUCGUACCAUGCGACGACGCGAACGGGCAAAGUUUAUUAUCAGUAGUGAUUUACUCUAUGGCGAACAUGGCUGUCCACCACGUAUUCCUCCGAAAGCAUGGUCGUUAUUUAUCAUAGAAUUGACGUCAUGGAUUGAUUGUACACUAGCAGACAAGUUAAAUCAAUUGAAAACCAGCGAUGACGAAGUCACGGAAGAUUUCGAUGAACGGAUGCGUAUUGCACAAGCUUUACGCGAUAUGGGCAAUGAUGAAUACGCCAAACACAAUCUCGAACGUGCAAUUCGUUACUACGCAAAGGGCAAACAGUUUUUAUUGAAAACCAAUCCAUCCAAUGAACAACAAACAAAUCAACUCAAAGAACUACUUCUCAAGCUUUAUCUUAAUUCAGCUCAAUGCUAUUUAAAACUACGAAAUUUUGAACGAACAAUUAAGAAUUGCAAUGAGGCAUUGCAGGCAGAUCCGAAGAAUACUAAAGCUCUAUUUCGCAUCAGCAUCGCUCAUCGUUCAUUGCAACAAUUCGAUCAAGCACGUGCAUAUCUAAAUACAGCAUUUCAAAUCGAACCGUACAAUGCUGAAAUCAUUGAUGAAGCUCAACGACUUGAUCGCGCCAUUGAUCAACAAAAGAAAACUGAACAGAAACUAUACUAUCGAAUGUUUAAUAAAUAG